AUGCACGGUGUUGUCCGGAGGAGAACGAGGACGAAGGACUCGAAGAGAAGCCGACACUUCGUUCCACGUUUCAGCGACCUGCUGCGUCAGUACGCGUUCACCAAAACGGAGAACAAUUCCUACAACUUCACGGCGACGGUCGUCCACGCCAAGUAUCCCUUCCCGAUCAACGAUGUGUGGACCUACGCAGGAGUCUUGCUGUACGAGCAGGUCAUCUGUUCCUACCUGGUGCUCUACUGGAUGUGCUGCGACUCCCUCUUCGCCCAGUUCGCCACGCACACGGCCAUCCACAUCGAGGUGCUGCGGCACGACCUUGUGAGCAUCGCCGAGAACUCGGACGAGACCGAAGACUCGAUGCUGAAGAGGUUGGCCAACAUCGCCGAGCGACACAAGAGGAUCUUCGAGUAUUGCGAGGGCAUCGAGCGGAUCUUCAGCCCCGUCAUUUUCCUGUCGAUGCUGCUGACCGCGAUCUGCCUGUGCACCUGUAUGCAUCAGCUGGAAACGAUGUCCUCCGAAGGCAAUUAUCUGGAAAUCGGGAAGUACCUCGUCCACUUGGCGAGCCUCUUCGUGCAGACCAUUAUUUAUUGCGGCUACUCCAACUUGUUAACCGAUGAAUGGACCCUUUUGCAGACGGAGCAGAUGGCACAUGCAGCCUAUAACUGCGACUGGACUAAUCGUAAUCAGAAAUUCAAGAGGAUGCUUCAGAUGAUUCUGAUGAGGUCUCAGAAACCAUUUUCCUGCACGGCUUACGGAUUCUUUCCUGUCAGUCUGAAUCAGGUGACGACUAUUUUCAGCACAGCGAUAUCGUACUUCACGGUCCUGAAGACAAUGGCGUAAAUUUGCAUAUUUUGUAUCUAAGCCUCAUCUCCGAUACAUUAAUCUUACUUCGACGAUUCUGAGGAUCUCUUGUAGAAACCA